UUGCAGCUACAGAGAGCUAUUGUUGUGAGCUAUGGCAGUUUCUCCAACUACCUUAUUCAAUUUCCAUUCAUUCCCAUUCAAUUCUUCUUCUUCUUCAUUCUCUCGUCGAUUUCAUUCCCAAAAUCUCAAACUCAAAAACCUAAUCCCAAUGUCUUCAUUACUUCCAAUAAAAUCACCAUUCCAUUUACCUUCCAAUUCCAGAUUCAACCGAACACAUCCAACCGUUUUCAAAUUCCGCACUUCAUCCACUGCAACUAACAAAACCGUUUUAUUAUCCGUUACUACCGUUACUUUAGCCGUUGCUAAUCGCGUCCUUUAUAAACUAGCUCUUGUUCCUUUGAAUAAUUAUCCUUUUUUUCUCGCUCAGUUCACUACUUUUGGGUAUGUUGUUAUAUAUUUUAGCAUCUUGUAUAUACGACACCGGUUAGGAAUUGUUACAAAUGAGAUGCUUGCGAUUCCGAAAUGGAGGUUUUUUGUUAUUGGGUUUUUAGAAGCUUUGGGAUUGGUUGCUGGAAUGUCUUCUGGAGCGGUACUUCCUGGACCAGUCAUACCCAUAUUGAAUCAGACUUAUUUAGUUUGGCAGUUAACGUUUUCCACUCUUAUCCUGAGGAGAAGGUACUCAAUCAACCAAAUUGCCGGGUGUUUACUAGUAGCUGCUGGUGUGGUGGUUGCUAUCUCAAGUGGCUCUAAUGCAGGUCAGAUGCUCUCUAAAGUUGAUUUCUUUUGGCCAGCAUUGAUGAUAGUUUCUUGUGCCUUUCAAGCUGGGGCUUCGAUAAUCAAGGAAUUUGUAUUUCUUGAUUCUUCUGCACGACUAAAGCAAAAAUCAUUGGAUAUAUUUGUGGUCAAUUCUUAUGGAUCUGGAUUUCAGGCCCUUUUCGUACUUCUCUUUCUACCUUUAAUCUCUAACUUGAAAGGAAUACCAUUUGCUCAACUUCCUUCAUAUCUUAAAAGCGGUGCUGGUUGCUUUCUAAACAUUGGAGCUGGUAAAACAGGUUGUGAUGGUGCUCCCUUGCUUCCGCUGCUCUAUGUAAUUACCAAUUUGGCAUUCAACAUAUCCCUACUUAGCGUACUGAAGAGCUCUUCUGCAGUUGUUGCUUCUCUCGUUUUAAUGUUGUCAGUGCCAAUUUCUGUUUAUACUCUUUCCCUUCCGUUACCAUAUCUUCCCGUGGGAGGAACAAGCUUGAGUCCAUUCUUUCUGCUUGGCUGUGCAAUUCUUGUAUGCGGGCUUUAUUUGUACAACACAACCCCCCGGCUGGCAAGGAAUAGUUCUGAAGAUGACUGAAACAGAACUAUAACUAUAUGUGUAAUCAAUGUUGAGGAGAAAAUACCAGCUCCGCAGUUGACGCUAUAGCCACAGAUGAAAGGAAAUACAGUUUGUUCAAAUUAUACAUAUUCUGUAUUAUUAUGAUUA